AUGUCGCUAUCCUCUGGUGCCAUGAUGAGCGAGGACUUCUACUUGACCUUGAAACUUCAGUGUUCCUCACCUGAGCUGUCCCAGACCACUUGUAUUGAAAAGAAGUUCCAUCAAAGCAUGCAGAACCACCGGCUCUGUAAUUCCAGCCAUUCUUGUUAUGAUCUGCCUGGCUUUUGCUACACAAAGAGGGGUCCACCGGGUCCCAAGGGAGAUAAGGGGGAUCAAGGGGACCAAGGCCCUCGGGGACCUCCAGGCUUCCCUUCUUUGGCGGCUUUACACAGUAAUCAGAUCCUGACUGUCAAGGGAGACCAAGGUCAGGCUGGACCACCGGGACCCCCAGGACCCCCUGGCCCACCAGGCCCUCGGGGCCCACCUGGUGAUACAGGAAAGGAUGGACCGAGAGGACUACCCGGGGUGUCGGGAGAACCAGGAAAUCCGGGAGAAACGGGGCCAACGGGACCCGAAGGCCCUCCAGGAUCCCAGGGAUUCCUGGGACCGCCUGGUGUUCCUGGCGUGGACGGCCUUAAGGUAAGACUGCUGCUCGUUUAUCAGGCCUUGUGAGUGUGAAGGUGCAGCUGUUAGCGAG